UUUCUUUUUCCAAAAAAAAAAUUGUGUUAAUUACGAAUAUUGAUACACUAGAAAAGCACUAGGUACUACUAAGCAUUAUCUCGGAGAUGAACAGAGUUGUCGUAUCGAAUAUUUCACCUAACACGUCAGAGGACGUGAUUUCUGAUUUCUUCGUCUUUUGCGGACCUAUUACCGAUGUCGAGUUUGUCAAUGCCUCUCCGGACGAGAAAGUCGCAUACAUCACGUUCGAACACCCUCAUGCCGCCCAGACUAGUCUAAUCUUAUCCAACGCUAUGAUCGAGGACCGUCAACUCCAAGUCAGGCUCGAUACUGGACCACAAAAGCUCGUUUAUGUGAAUCUAGAACACGUCGAACCCUCCGAGUCGCCCACUGGGUCCUCGUCUUUCCCGGAGUCAGCUGGUACCCUCGCGUCGCCCCCGAACACAUCCGAGCCACCUCUCACCACCGAGGGCACUGAGAGUGCUCAAGACCAGAAGCCCACUGAAUAUGUCAAUCCCGUACCUCGAAAUAACGCUACUUCUGCUGUCGCUGCUAUGCUUGCCGCCGGAUAUCAGCUGAAUGACAACGCCCUCGCUCAGGCACGUGCUUUGGAUAAUAGGUUUGGAUUGAGCGAGUCCAUUAGCACGGGGUGGCUGAGCACUAAAGGAAAGCUGGUAGAAUUGGAUCAGCAAUUUGGAAUCAGCGAAAAAAUCAAGGAACUCACACAGCAAGCGGGUGAAAGACUCAAUCAAUUAGGCCUGACUGCAAAGGCAACAGCGUUUUCUGCUGCCACGGAUCAGUAUUGGAACAAUCUUAUUUCUGUUGCACGAGAAAAUUGGGAUAGCACUCUCAGAAAAAGCAACGACUGGAUCCAAGAAAAUGCACCUGAUGUAGUUGAAGGCAUUAGAAAAACUACUGCUUCUAUCAAAGGCACUGUUCAGAACAUAAAGGAAGAAUCCGAAGAGCUAUAUACGAAAAACAAAGAGUCUGCCAAAUAAACUUUUCGAUUCGUGAAUUACAAAAAAA